CCUCAAACACCACAACUCAGCCGCUACCCGCCAAUCCCAAUACUCGAUUCCUUCGCCGACCAACCGGUGGAGGGAACAUGGGGCAUAAUAUGUUCAGGCGAUUCAAAACCCGCUCUUCUGAUCAUCGAGGGGAAUCGCCGGAGAACCAACAUCGAGGCGAGUCGCGCAGAAUCCCGUUUCCUAUUGCUUCAACUGCUCGCUUGGGUUCUGUUCUCUUUGUUGCAUAUACGAUUCUCUUCCCCUCCUUGAUCAAGCUCCUGAUGAAGAAGCAACUGGCUCAAAUAUCCAAAUUUCAAUGUGGUUAUUGGAAUCUCUUCUGCCUGUAAACUUCUGAGGACUACAAUGGAUGCAGACAUUUUGAUAUCUUUGAGAUUAUUUGGGUUCAAAAUGAGUUGCUUUCCCAACAGACUCAGGUUGCACAAGCUGUCCCGGAAACUGAAGGUACUC